UCAGCAGACUCCGCCGGUUCUUUUGAGCAGAUAGAGCUUCCUCGGCUUAGUACCCCGCAAUUUGCUGUCUCUUGACCAGUGACAACCUUAUAACAUGGCUAUGAACUUGAGCAAGAGCUCGCGAGCUCUGGGAGCUCUCCGGCCCGUCGCCGCCGCCACUUCAAUUGCCAAUGGCCCCUCCUUCUGCUCCAGGAGGAACUACUCGGCUUCCUCGGAGCCCGACCUGAAGGCGACGCUGAGGGAGGCGAUACCCGCCAAGCGCGAGCUCUUCAAGAAGGUCAAGGCGCACGGGUCCAAGGUCAUCGGCGAGGUCAAGGUGGAGAACACGAUCGGCGGCAUGCGCGGCCUCAAGGCUAUGGUCUGGGAGGGCUCGGUGCUGGACGCCAACGAGGGCAUCCGGUUCCACGGGCGCACCAUCAAGGACUGCCAGAAGGAGCUGCCCAAGGGCAAGACCGGCACCGAGAUGCUCCCCGAGGCCAUGUUCUGGCUGCUCCUGACGGGGCAGGUCCCCUCGGUCAACCAGGUCCGCACGUUCUCGCGCGAGCUCGCCGAGCAGGCGCAGCUGCCCCAGUUCGUCAACAAGAUGCUGGACGACUUCCCCAAGGACCUGCACCCGAUGACCCAGUUCUCCAUGGCCGUGUCGGCCCUCAACUACACGUCCAAGUUCGCCAAGGCCUACGAGAGCGGCCUGGCCAAGGCCGACUACUGGGAGCCCACCUUUGACGACUGCAUCUCGCUGCUGGCCAAGCUGCCCACCAUCGCCGCAAAGAUCUACCAGAACUCGUACCGCGGCGGCGGCGCCCUCCCCGCCGAGGUCGACCUCGAGCAGGACUGGUCCUACAACUUCGCCGCCAUGCUGGGCAAGGGCGGCAAGGAGAACGAAAACUUCCAGGACCUCCUCCGGCUCUACCUCGCCCUCCACGGCGACCACGAGGGCGGCAACGUCUCGGCCCACGCCACCCACCUCGUGGGCAGCGCCCUGAGCGACCCCUUCCUCAGCUACAGCGCCGGUCUUCAGGGUCUCGCUGGUCCUCUGCACGGCCUCGCCGCCCAGGAGGUCCUCCGCUGGAUCCUCCAGAUGAAAGAAAACAUCCCCUCCUCCUACACCGACAAGGACGUGACCGACUACCUCUGGUCGACGCUCAACAGCGGCCGCGUCGUGCCGGGCUACGGGCACGCCGUCCUCCGCAAGCCGGACCCACGCUUCGAGGCCCUGAUGGACUACGCCGCGUCGCGGCCCGCCAUCGCCAAGGACCCCGUGUUCGAGCUCGUGCGCCGCAACAGCGAGAUCGCUCCGGGCGUCCUGACCAAGCACGGCAAGACCAAGAACCCCUACCCCAACGUCGACAGCUCGUCGGGCGUCCUGUUCCACCACUACGGCUUCCACGAGACCCUCUACUACACCGCCACCUUCGGCGUGUCGCGUGGCUUGGGCCCGCUUGCCCAGCUGGUGUGGGAUCGUGCGCUGGGGCUGCCUAUCGAGCGGCCUAAGAGCAUUAACCUCGAGGGUCUCCUGAAGCAGGUUGAGGGUGCUUAGGCAGGCGAGUUGGGGGGGAGUUUGGGGGUGGGUGUAUGCUGUGGGUGAUUGUUUGCGUUCUGGGCUGGGUUUGAGACAGGCCUGGGAAGAGGAGUGAGUUGACAAGAGUAUGGGGGGUGUUUAGACUACCGUUGCAGCUCAGUGCUCGACGAUGACCUCCGCUCGGAUCCGUGUGUUGAGCUGGGUGAUGUUGUUGACACUCACCUUUCACUCACUGACUGUCGGUCUUUCUGUCUUGUCCGUCUUUCCAUGUUCCAAAUUUUCUGUGUACUCAAGGAAGGUAGUUCAAAAAUAGAGCUUGGUCUGGUCAUCUUCCCCCGCCCUCCCCAC